CAAGGACCCCGUGGGGUGCAGGGCAUGCUCUGCCCUGAGGCCCAAGGUGAGGGGUGGCCUGGCAGCCGCUCUUGUCCCAGGGAGAAAGUGUUACGCAAGCAGGUGAUGCGGCGAUUAGAGACUGAAAGCCACCUCAACUCCAACGCCCAGCCUGCCUUCGGAGCCGCCCUGAGGGAUCAGGUUCUCCCAAGAGGGGAGACGCCUUCCUCUUGGUACCUGUACCCAGGGUAUAAAAGCAGGCACGGGAGGCAGGCACCUGUGCCCGCUGGCUCGGUCCAAGCCGCCUCCUGGCCAGGCCAGCCAGGGUUUCAGCCAUGGAAGCCAGCGCAGCCACCCUUCUCCUCCUGGCUCUCUGCCUUGCCUGCCUCCUGCUGCUCCGAGGAGGAGGAGGACGAUGGGGCACCAAGGCACGCCUGCCUCCCGGACCGCGGCCCUUGCCCUUCAUCGGCAACCUGCCUCACCUGGAUACCAAGAACAUGAUCAAGUCUCUGCUGCAGCUCAGCAGGCAGUACGGCUCGCUCUUCACCAUCCACUUGGGGUCCCGGCCGGUGGUGGUGCUCUGUGGGUACCAGGUGGUGAAGGAGGCCCUGGUGGACCGAGGCGAGGAGUUCAGUGGCCGCGGAGACAUGCCGGUCUUGUUCCGAUUCACUCAGGGGAACGGCGUCGCCUUCUCCAACGGGGAGAAGUGGAAGGUCCUGAGGCGCUUUGCCAUCCAGACCUUGCGGGACUUCGGCAUGGGCAAGCGCAGCAUUGAGGAGCGGAUCCAGGAGGAGGCCCAGUGCCUGGUGAAGGAGCUGGCCAAGAGGACAGAGCCCUUUGACCCCACGUUCCUGCUGGGCUGCUCGGUCUCCAACAUCAUCUGCUCCAUCGUCUUUGGAGAUCGGUUUGACUACGAGGACCAGCAUUUCCUGACCUUCAUUGGGCUGAUCAACGACAACUUCCGCCUCUUCAGCUCUCCUUGUGCCCAGAUGUACAACAUUUUCCCUCACAUCAUGUAUUACCUGCCUGGACCCCACAACCGGAUAUUUGCCAACUUUGAGAAGCUGCGGGUCCUGGUGAGGGAGAUGGUCAAGGCCCACCAGGCCAGCCUGGACCCCAGCUGCCCACGCGACUUUAUAGACUGCUUCCUCCUGAAGAUGCAGCAGGAGAAGGAAGACCCCUGCAGCUUCUUCCACACCGACACUUUGAUCAUGACUACCCACAACCUCUUCUUUGCGGGCACCGAGACCAUCAGCACCACCCUCCGCUACGCCAUCCUCAUCCUCAUGAAGUUCCCCGAAGUGGCUGCCAAGGUGCAGGAGGAGAUUGCAAAGGUCAUUGGCCCCGAGCGCCUCCCCUCCAUUGCUGACCGGGCGAGGAUGCCCUACACGGAUGCCGUGAUCCACGAGGUCCAGAGGUUUGCAGACAUCAUCCCCAUGGGCAUCCCCCACGCCCUGACCAAGGACACCCAUUUCCGGGGCUUCUUCUUUCCGGAGGGCACCAACGUCUGGCCUUUCUUCCACUCCGUGCACCAAGACCCCACCCAGUUCAAGGAGCCCGGCAGGUUCGACCCCGGGCACUUCCUGGACGAGGAGGGCGCCUUCCGCCGCUCCAACGCCUUCAUGCCCUUCUCGGCGGGGAAACGGCUGUGCCUGGGCGAGGCCUUGGCGCGCAUGGAGCUCUUCCUCUUCCUGACCGUCCUCCUGCAGCGCUUCUCCUUCCAGCCCGGCUGCCCCCGCGACCGGCUCGACCUCUCGCCCCUCGCCAGCGGCAUCGGGAACGUGCCUCGGCCCUACACCUGCCGCCCGCUGCCCCGCUGAGGCCGC